AUGAAGAAGAGCCUGAAACAAUUGAAGCAAGUGAAGGAGAUUAAAGAGGAAGUUCAACAAGAAACAAGAGAACAGGCUGAAUUCAAAAGAGUUCAUGCAAAGAGACUGACAAAUCCUGAUCUGGAGGAUGUCAGGAUUCCUGAGAUUUAUCAGUGGAGUGAAAGAGACAGACAGGAUCACUUGACCAGACUCAUUAAUAAAUUUGAAGUUGGCGACCAUGUCAUUAUCCAAAACUAUGGCUUCCCUAGAAGAUACGGGAUUAUUAAGAAGAUAGGAAUUGAGGGUGGCCCUGAUUUUUAUGGAAAAUUUUGGUUUGCAUCAUUCCUUGAUUACAGAGAAGCUACAGGUCUUGAACCACCAGCCAUUAGAGCUCAUAAUGAAUUGGUGUAUCACAAGGAUCUUGAGAAAGAUGAUUUGAACAAUAUUUUAGGAUACUGUGAAAUUUUAAGAAUGCAUCAAUAUGUCAAAAACUAUCACUACUAUGCUGAGAAGAAGAAGUUCUAUGAACCACCUCCAUAUGUCUAUGUGUUCCGUCAGAAGAUACAAGGGGAGAUUAGGAGAGGAUUUGUUUCUGCUGAAAAGCAUCUUGUUCCAGAUUUGACUGAAGAUUGAUAUUGAAGGAGAAUAGUCAACCCAAACCAAGUACUUUUUGAGUGUUCUAAAGAAUGCAACAACUAUUACCAUCCUCAGUGUGUCUUACUAGACUCUGAGAGAAUCUGCAAAGAAUGUCGGAUCCCUCUUCCUAUUCUUGAUAUCGUACAGGGAAAGAAAAUCAAAUUGGGGAGUGAUAGGAGAACACUUAUCUUUCGUGAAGAUUCUGAAUCUGAAGAUAUUCAAUCCUCUCAAGAUAAUCAAUCUUCUCAAGAUAGUCUAGCAUCCACCUGAGCAUUAGUAAAACGACUAGGAUUUUGAGUACUUCUGGGAAAUCUGAAACCCUAUAUAACUAAAACAUCUACACAUUCUUAUGGCAAUAGGUCUACAGACAUAAAGCCUGGUGAAGACCACAAAUCUGAAGAGUACGAUGUUGCAAAAGGAAAGCAUUCCCUGCUAAAUGAGGAUCAAGAAAUGAAGGAUGUAAGAAGAAAGAGAAGGUCUAUGGAAGAAGAGAAGGAAUCAAUUGCGGAGAAGGAAAAUUUAGCAUACCCUGAACUCUCAUCCCUAAACAGCGCUAAACUAGCAGUAUACUUGGAGAAAAGAGCUAAAAAGAAUGAAGGAAUGGAUGAUCCCAACAAUAGUGAGCUUCUAAAGGCAUCUGUCGAGACUUAUGACCAGAUCCAUGAGCUUUUCAUGCUUGAGAUAAUGAAGUACAAAGAAAAAUCCAGUGAAAAAGUGGGUAAAAUACCUGAGAUAUUAUCCAUUGAUGGUCUUAAGAUCAAUUGCUUGAUCAAUACCAAAGAAUCUGAUAGGAUUGCUACUCAUUAUUGUGAACAAAUAGAGAUGCUGUCAAGAGAUCUACAGGAGAACUUACCAUGGCCUGAGAAGCUAGAAGGUUUCAAGAAGAUCAAGAUCGCAUUGGAGAGGGAACCAUCCAAUAUCCUGAAGAUCUUGACAAAGGAGCAACCCCUUAAGACUUUCAUUAAGGAUGUCCUUGGCUGCUCACAAGAUGAAAAGAUGGUUUCAACUGAAGAAGAAAAGGACAGAGCGUUUCAAAAAUAUCUCCACUCAGGUGAGCUCCAGAAAGCAAAAGAAGAAGAAAUCCUCAAGUCCAGACCAGAGAAAAGCGAAGAGAGAAAAAAUAGAGAAGCAGCAAGAGAAAUUGAGGCUUUACCUCUUACUUUGGGACAUUCACUGAAUUUUAUUAUGGAGAAGAUUAGGGAUAGAGACUUUGAUCAUGAAUUCAGAGAGGAUCUUUUUACUAUCGCUUAUGAUGCUGGAGGAGCCCAAUUAUCAAAAGUUCCUUUUUACUAUAAUAAUCUCUAUGAUCCAAGAGGAAACAUGAUCAAAGAAAUCAGACGUAAGAAGAACUUCCAGGAAUUUAGCGAAAUAGAGAAAUACGAUCUGAUUAAAUAUGGACUCGAUCACCCUAGACAUCAAGAAAAAUCUAACAGCCAAGGAGAUGGCAAAGAAUUAGACUUCUGCUCUCUCGACAGAACUAUUGAAGACUCUCUUACUACAAUUUGUGAAAACUGGAAGGUUGACUUUGCCCUGGAGAAUCCUUCUGAAAAAGAGAUGUUAUCCUCUGAAGAGAUAAAAGAAUAUGAGAUCAAGUACAAUAAACUCAAGAAGCAAAAGGAAGCACAGGAUAAGCUAUCAGAGCAAGUAAAGUCUCCUUUCGAACUUGCUGAACAAGAAGAGCAGAAGAGAUAUGAAGAAGAGGUAGCUAGAAAAAGAGAGGAAAGGCUCAAAAGACUCAAAGAAAUUGAAGAAGCCAGAGUGCAACAAUCCGUAAAAUGGAUCAAGCUUGCUAAACGCAGGAUUGAACUUCAGAAGAGAGAUAGGGAAAUGAGACGUCAACAGAGAAUUAGAGACCAAAUUGAAAAGGAGCAGAAAGAGCAAGAGCAGAAAGAGGCUAAAGUUAAGGAUGAUGAAGAAGACCUGAAGCUACUUAAAGAGCAAGAAUCUUUGGAACUUUUCGGUAUAAAAAGAAAAAUAAAGUAUGGUCCCAGUCUUCCAGAAAAGAAGUCUCCCAAGAAACCUGCUGAGAAAAAGAUUGUCCAAGAAAAUACAAUGUAUCUGGACAAAGAUUACUAUGAGGAUGAACGUAGUUUUGUUGCUCUCGAUUAUGUGACUGCAGAUGACGAUCCAGAGGCUGCUAGAAUUCUAUGAGGCCCAAUUCCAAAACUGAAGCGUAGCCCACCUAAAAAGAAGAAGUCGAAGAAAAAGUCUAAGAAAAAAUCGAAAGAGAAGAUUAGAAAGUUGGUGAAGAAGAGACUCUCAAGUAAUAGCCCAAAUAAGAAGCAUCACAGAUAAAUAAGUAAAACAUAAAACAAUUUCAGUAUUGUCUAAC